GCCGCCGCCGCCGUCGCCGUCGUCGUCGUCGUCGUCGUCGUCGUCGUCGUCGCCGGCGCCGCGACGCCCAGUGGCCACCGACGUGUGCCGCGUCUUUCUCUGGAGCAGUGCGCGUCCACCUGUCGCGACGACACGUCUCUCUCUCUCUUUCUUUUUCUCUCCCUGUCUUUUUACUACUCUUGCACUCGUCUUGUUGGCACUUUUGCAAAAUCCCUCCGUCACACGAGUACGUGUUGUCGCGCGUGCCACGCACGUGACACCGCCGGAGGAACCUCGCGGUUCCUCACCUCUUCGUCCUCGUUUACGUCAUCGACAUAUUCAUCGUCCACGGGCAGAUCUUCUUCUCCGGCCGAGCGUUUUACCUCGCGCUCUCGGAUUGUCCAGCGCUGCUUGCUCGGAACGGAGGAACAUCGUGUCGCCGGAACGAACGCUCGCAAGAAGAAGCUGUCAAACGCCGCACGACAGCCUCGUCGCGCAUGACAGGAUGCUGAGAUUCUACUCUCGAAGUUGACGAACGAUCCGGUAAAGCGGGCGUGGAGAGGGGGGAAACUCCUCGGCCGAGGCGUUCGCACGGAUCUAAUGAUCUCCGGACUGUGCGCGACGGGCAAUUGGCGGAAUGACGUCGGCGUCACGUAUGUUAGCCCCGUCAACGAAACAAACUUUAGUUACGUCGGUGUCUACGUUAUUCCCCGCGAGAAUACGAAGAAGAUACGUGUAAUCCUGUCUCUAAUAGAACACGCUGCCGACGCUGCGGUUAAUUGGAUUAUUUCGUGAAGACUCGCGGUAGAGCGGAAAAGUUCCUUUGAAUCGCACGUGUUAUGCGUAUUUGUGUGUGUAUAUAAGCCCGUGCAUCCAUUGAAACGGUUCUCAUUAUCGUUCAUCGAAGAAGCUACUCGUUGUUCUCCGAAAAAAUCCGCGAGUGAUCACCGCCGAAGAGCGCCACGAUGAUGAACGAAACGAUGGAUAUGAUCGAUCUUUUUGAAAACCUCACGAACAAUCAGUCGACGAUAUCACCGAAUUGCGAGGCCAACCUGCCCAUCAUCGCGUUGGUCAACCAGGUCCUGUACUCCAUCGUCUGCGUGGUGGGCCUCCUCGGCAACACCUUAGUCAUAUACGUCGUGCUGCGCUUCUCGAAGAUGCAGACAGUGACGAACAUGUACAUCGUGAAUCUCGCGAUCGCGGACGAGUGCUUUCUGAUCGGUAUACCGUUCCUGGUGACGACCAUUAGCUUGCGCAGCUGGAUCUUUGGCAAGAUCAUGUGCAAGGUGUACAUGAUCACGACGAGCAUCAACCAAUUCACCAGCAGCAUCUUCCUGUUCAUCAUGAGCGCCGACCGUUACGUCGCGGUGUGCCAUCCGAUCUCAUCGCCGAAGAUACGCACACCCUUCAUCUCCAGGGUGGUGUCUCUCAGCGCCUGGGCUACCAGCGCGCUCUUCAUGGUGCCCGUGUUUCUCUAUGCGAACGCCAUGGAGUCUCUGGAGGGCGUAGUGAGCUGUAACAUUUAUUGGCCUGACAAUCAUGGCGGCCAGACCACGUUCACCCUCUACACCUUCAUUCUCGGCUUCGCCGUGCCUCUGAUACUCAUACUGAACUUCUACUUCUUGGUGAUCAGGAAGCUGCGGACGGUCGGCCCGAAGAACAAGUCAAAGGAAAAGAAACGGUCGCACCGAAAAGUCACCAAGUUAGUGCUCACGGUAAUCACGGUGUAUGUGUUCUGCUGGCUGCCCUACUGGGUCACCCAAGUCGCGCUGAUAUACACCCCGCCCAAGCAAUGUCAAAGCAGCAUCAGCAUCACCAGCUUCCUGCUGGCCGGCUUCCUCAGUUACAGCAAUAGCGCCAUGAAUCCGAUCCUCUACGCCUUCCUCAGCGACAAUUUCAAGAAGAGCUUCCUCAAAGCGUGCACCUGCGCCGCCGGCAAAGAUGUAAACGCGGCCUUGCACAUUGAGAACAGCGUGUUCCCGCGCAGAAACAAGGCUAAUGCCGACAGACUGCAGCCGAAUCGGAUGAUCACAUCCGGCCAGUCUAGACUGGAGCUGGAGGACGAGGACGCGGAGAGAGGAUUGCUCAUCAGCAAAACCUCUACCACCACAGUGACCAUGACGUCGCGAUCGAACAUCACGGUUAGCAGUGAGCCCAGGGAUCCGGCGCAGAGGGAUAAAGAUCUGAUUAAGAAUGGCGCGCAAUUGACUCUAUUGACGCAGGUUUAAAGGCCGGAUCCGCCGGAGGAGCUCGCUGCGAAGUCGCAGCGAGCCGUUUUUUUUCUCUCCGAAUCGCGGGAACAAUCGAAUUGCUCGGGCAUCUCGACAUCUGGGUCCUGCGAUUACGGCGAUAACCGUGCUAUCUUUAAUUACCGCGCUGUCACGGCGACCGCAAUGAGGCCGAGGACCUGGAUUAAACACGAGGACGAGAAGUUACUCUCCCGAAGGCGCGUCUCAGACGCUGUCGAUGGGUCCAUGAUCGAAGAAUGAUUUCACACAAUGCACGAGAUCGCGAUCGGAGAUCUCUGGCGAAGUCGCACAACAGCCGCGGCGAAUACAUCGUGUCGAAGGUCGACAACGGCACGUUGUCGAGUUCGAUUUCGUAGGGUCGAGUACGAACGCACGAGAAGACGCAUUUCGCGCGGUGACUAAACGGAAACUGCGGUAGAGCGGUCGAAGAUUUCCCCGAGAGAUAAUUCAAAAAUAUUUUUGCCGAUCGACGCGAAAAGUCACUGUGACGGGACGACCAAGCUGGACCUGAAGUAUUUUCGCGUAUUAACGAUUUCCCCUAAGCCGCGCAAUGCGUUUAUUGUACCUGACGGUCGUUCUCACCGUUUUGACGUUACAACAUCGCCCCAAGUUCCCGUGAUACGUUCACGCGACGACGAAGAUACCGCGCUCAAUUCUAUAACGCAACGACCAGAUCCAGUCAAGACUGUAUUCUUUCGCGAUAGAUGAGAGAAUUCCAGAGAGAAGAUGAACUCUAAUUCUUUAUCCGGCAAACUCAAACGCGUCACCGGGCCGAGCAUGAUAGGUCACGGUGAUCGAUGACCACCUCAUUUUGGCGGACUUCCGAAAAUAACGAAAACUGUGGUAGCGCGCUGAAAGAGUUUGAGGACUCGAUAUCCAUUCGGACAUUGAUCUAUGAACAUUCGCAUGUGAUGGGAGGUUCCUCUAUGAGCGAUUUUGUGAUUACUUAUCCGCGCGCUUUCGGACAAAUGGUGUCGUGCACACGCCAGAGAGUUUUGUCUCUCUUUCUAUCUCCUGAUAAGAGAUGUAACAAUUAUCGUAUACAUGCAGGUAGGCAAGAUGUAUUCGUUAGGUCUGAUGUUCCUACGAUUACUAUUAACGUUCCAUUAGCGCGAAUGAACAAACGACUGACAAUUAAUAGACUGUCUUAAUGGCGCACCGUGUCAAAAGAAGCGUCGCUUCAUUACGCGUAAAGGGACGCAUAAAGGGUCUUCGAGGACUGACAAGCAGCAACUCGCUCGAUUCGGUGCUGCGAGACCUAAACAAUAAUCUUGAAAUCGCGGGAAAGAUACGACAUGGCGCCCUCGCUCUCUUUUCCUCUCGGGGCCCGCGUCUCCCUUUUCUAUCUUCUCUUGAUGCUUCCUUCGUUUGUUAUGUCUUUCUCUGCCCUGACAGGAAGAUGUACAAAGCGGUGAGGCACCGUUUUAACAAUAUAUAACGGCUGUAAUUGCGAGUGAUAUAUGUCGCGUGCGCAUUUCUUUAAUCAUUCCCGCUGGUACAUCUUACGCUUGCGAAAUGGAGUCGCGGGGCGCCGAGAUGAAAUUCUUGAUAGGAGGAAGCUCACGAUGGAGGACCGCAACGUGAUGCGUUUUGUCGUGUUAUAAAAUGUAACACCCGCCACGGUUUAUGUCGAGUACGUGCGCGACCUCGUCGAAUGCUCGAAUGACGGGUGGAAUUUGCCGAAAGUAUUUCAAGCGUGCCGUAGGGUAUCAGGUAAAUUUGCAGACAUCGCUGAAUUAUCGAAUUUGAACUUUCGAAAGGCUUAACAUUUCGCGUCGUUUCUUAAUCGAUCGAACGGAAUGCACGUCAAUUUCCUGCGAAUCCACUAUUCCCUGUCGAAACAUAUCUUUAGCAUAUCUUUUUUUUUAUCGAAUCGCACAAAACGAUGCAAGUCGAACUGCCUUUAUCACUGGUAUUACAUUUUUAUCGUCGUUUCUACCGCGCUUUUAACUUUUUUACAGAAGCUCGUUUCUGUUACUCCCUCCUUUUAUACGUUGAAAUUUAUCGAUCGUAGGGACUGAUUUUUCGACGAGAUCAAAUGACCAAUUAAGGAUAACGACGUGUCUGUCGUCUGUCAAUUCUCGACUCAAAUAUCCAUAUACACUGUUAAAUCCGUAGUGUCAAAUUAUACUCAAUUUGAGUUAUUUUUAACCAUUCCUAUAAGUCGCCACUGCUCCUACUAAAUAUGUCGUUAAUUUAACUAAUGUAAUGGAGUUAAAUAAUUUAA